AUGGCAGAUGACGUAUUACUUGCACCGUAUGAAUAUAUGCUGAAGUUACCUGGAAAGCAGUUAAGAAGCCAAUUAGCAAAAGCAUUUAAUUUUUGGCUGCAAGUCGACAUGGAAGUGCUGAAUUCCAUCAUGACUGUGGUCGAAAUGCUCCACAAUGCAUCACUUAUGAUUGAUGAUAUCGAAGAUAACUCGCUUCUACGGCGUGGUUUACCGGUAACACAUAGCAUUUAUGGGAUUCCGCGUACAAUCAACACGGCAAACUAUGUAUAUUUCGUAGCACUUUCUAGGUGCAUGUUGUUGGGCAAAUUUGAAGCUGUGAAGAUUUUUACUGAACAAUUAUUGGAAUUGCAUCGUGGACAAGGAAAAGAAUUGUAUUGGCGGGAUAUAGUUCAAUGUCCAACUGUGGAGGAGUACGAACAAAUGGUGAUACAAAAAACGGGUGGUUUGUUUGCUUUGACAGUACAGCUGAUGGAAUUAUUUGGGAAGAAGCAAUACGACUUUAAAUCGCUGAUAAGAAAUUUGGCCGUUUAUUUUCAGAUCAGAGAUGACUACAUCAAUCUUUGUUCCCAUUCAUAUGCAGAACUGAAGACAUUUGCUGAAGAUCUCACGGAAGGAAAGUUCUCUUUCCCCAUUAUAGUUGCUAUUGGCAAAAAAUACAACGACGACGAAAUUAUUAGUAUAUUACGUCAAAGGCCUAAAGAAGUGGAAGUUAAGAAGCACUGCAUACGAAUUAUAGAGGAACGAGGAGCGUUCGGAUAUACCUUGAAACGUUUACAAGAAUUACACGACAUGCUGGUCUCGCAUAUCGACAUGCUAGGUGGGAAUAGAGAAUUACAAGACUUAAUCGAGAUGUUGCAUAAAGAUAUCCAACCGAUGUGUAAUCUUGGUAGUAUGAAAAUGAGCAAUGGCAAAUAA